AUGUCGCCUCCUGCGCAGACCAUCGGUGAGAAUGGCGCGAACCUGGCGAAUUGGAUCUGUGCCUCUCUGGCCUUGACCAUUCUGUGCCUACGCCUGGCGACGCACUGGUGCAAGAACCGGAGUUUCGACAAGUCAGCCUACGUGGUCAUUGCAUCGAUGGUCAUCCUCUGCAGCCGGACCAUCUGCAAUGCGCUCAUCCUGGAAUUCGGCAGCAUCAACAGUCCCUCGCUAGGUCAAGAAGCCAUGCGAUCGAGCCGCGCUCGAACUGGCAGCAAACUGACUCUGGUGGCGAGAGGCUUGGUGACGACGUAUUACUGGCUGCAAAGCGCACUGCUUCUCAUCUUCUACCACAGCAUCCUAAAUCACAUCUCAUGGACCCAUCGCGCCAUCAGGCUUGGCUGGUGCAUGAUUGCACUCACCUACAUCGCCGUCAUCCUGGCCACAUUCCUCGAAUGCCGCCCGAUUCAGCAGUACUGGACGCCACACUCACCACAGCCACAGUGCCUCCGGGCAUUCGCCCAGAUCCUACUCCAAUGCAUAGCGAAUGCCGCCAUCGAUGUUCUUCUGCUCAUCAUCUCGCUCCCCAUCCUCCAGGCCCAGGCACGAGCUUUCCCUCGGAACCUACAACUCGGCGUGCUCUACAUCCUCGGCUUCGUCUGCAUCAUCGUCAUCGGCCUUCGGAUCCAUUACGUCUACAGAACCGGCUCCGUCCAGCAAGCCCGAAGCUUUUGGGCCUCCAUCCAAGUUCUUGUGGCGACAUUCGUGGCGAACGCUCCUUCGAUCUACGGCAAUGUAAAAAAUGUCAAGAGGAGAAAGUCGAGCGUAGUGUCACUCUCCAGGUCGCGCUCGGCGCAGGAUGAUCCAUGGGUGUUGGAAAGAAUUCCGAGCAAGAAACCACCGCCGAAGGAUUGGCAGAAGAUUGUGAUGCCUUUGGAGACUCACAAGGCAGAUGUCAGGAGAUUGGAGUUUGGGGAAGCGCCUUGA